CAGGGAGGUGGUCUGCAGAGGCCUUCCCGGCAGGCCCAGCCCCACGUCUGUCCGGUCUUGUGUAGGCUGGGUGACCUAGCCAUUGUCCCGCGCAAUGUCCUGCCAGGGCUAGACAGCUGUGCCCAGGAACACCUGCGGGCCCCCAGCCCUCCUACGGCAAGUGCAGGUCUGCUCUGCUGGCCUGUCCCAGCCACCUUCUGGUCGGCCUUCAGCCCAGCAUCUCCCUGCAGACCCCGCCCCCUCCGGCUGCCAGCAGCGCCCAGCCCCCACCCACCUCCCCACAGUUGCCAUGAGAACCAUGCCCACGGUGGGAGGGGGGGGUGGUAGCCAGGCCUCCCCUCAGUCCAGAAGGCCUCCCCUUCCCCACUUCCUGUGCCUAGACGAAACCAUGGCACGGGGCCGGAGGCCAAGCACCAAGCUGACACCUUAGGGACUUGCUUUAGUCCACAGCCUACGAGAUCAACUGCCCGUGUGGAGCCCACUAAACGUGGGGAAUCAGGCUGACAUGAAAUGAACUUGCCCAGGGCCCUGGAUCUAACGGACCCACGACAGGGCAGGUCCUGCCCUUUGGAGCCAAGGGCAUCCAUGACUCAACCCUCUGCCAAGUCAGACUGUGCCCUGGCUCAGCAUCUUGUUUGGGAGGGGCUGGGAGGCCUAGAGGGUGGAGGUCCCCGUGGUUUGUAAGUGGACCACGUGCAGACCGGCCCAGGGCAGCGACAGCCCUCCACUCACCUAGACCCUGACCCCCAGGGAGCCCAGGAGUGUGCCCUUGCCCAGGAGAGUCUGAGCAUCCUGGGGACAGGAGGCUGCAGGCCUCACUCGGCCCCAGGUACCCGCAGAAUUUGGCACCUCCGGCUCGGCAGCGCAGAGGCCAGCGGGGCUGGGAGCGGCCCAUCUGCUCCUGCAAGGGCUCAGCGGAGGUGUGAAUUCUGGGAGCUGUCUGCGGCCCAGCCAAAGCUUGGGGCUCCUCCAGGGCCCUGCCCCAAGGCCACCGCCAAGCCACCAGCUGCCCUUGGCGUGGGGGGGGGGGGGCACGGCUGGAGGUGGGGACUAGCAGGACGGGCAAGGUGCUCCCUGGGUGUGGGCACCCCGGUUGGACCCUAGGCCUGCACCUUGGAAAUGAGGGAGAACUUGUCACCUGGCGCUCAGCACCAACACACAGCUGGUGGGCCACACGGGUCCCAGGCCCACCGCACGGCCCCUUUAAGUGCAGCCCCGCCGGCCGCCACCGGAGGCAGCACUGAGCGGCCGGCGGCCUCCGCGCCGCUGCCUCGAAGCUUCUGCCGGUGCCGGGGACGCCGCGGAGCGCCGAGCGGGGAAGGCGGAGCGGGCGCAGGCCUGCGCAGCCCACCGGGCGCGCGCGGUGGGGAAGCAGCGCCCAGCAGAGGCAAAGCCGGGCUGUCACCUCCCUGGGGCGGAGCCUCAUGCCCUGUCAUCGGACCCCCAAUCCGGGCCUGGCUUUGAGCUUCGGAUGGAAAGGGGGUGCUUCUGACGCCGGCAUGGAGCAAGCGCCUGCGGCCUCAGCCAAGGCCCGCAGCCAGGACUGCUACGUCCACGGCGUCCCAGGCCAAAAGCCCCCCAAGGCAGAGUAAGCUGCAACCACCAGCCUGGGGACCUCUUUUAAGAUGACCCGCACGGACCCGCCGGACCUGUUGGUGUCGACCGUGUACCAGGACAUCAAGGUGGCGGCCCCGGGGCCCGCGUCGCGGCGCCCGCCAUGUGAGCGCUCUGUGGCCCCGCCUGCUGCGCCCGCGCCUUUCAACAAGCGUCACUGCCGCAGCUUCGACUUCCUGGAGGCGCUGGACGGGGCGGCCAUGGAGGCCCGCACAGAGCCGCCGCCCCCGGAGCCUGCCGCGCCGCGCGCCCGGCCCCGCGACGGCGAGCCCCGGCGCCGCGCCCGCUCCAAGAGUGCGCCCCGCGCGCCCCCGGGCCUGACGCCCGCACCCGCCUCGCCGCCAGUGCUACCGCGCCGCGGCCGGGAAGCCCAGCGGCCAGCGCGGGCCGAGGCGUCGCCGCACCGGGAGCCUGCGUACCCCGCGCUGCGCGCGCUCGCCAAUGAGCUGCACCCCAUCAAGCUGCAGCCGCAGCGGGGCGGCCCUGGCCGCAUCGCGCCCCUCUGCGCCACCACCGGCCGCUGCGCGCCCCCCGAGCCACCCGCCGGGCCUGCACCCCACGUCCGCUGUCGCCUGGACAUCAAGCCCGACGACGCGGUGUUGCAGCACAGCGCCCGGGGCUCGCGGUCCUGCGGGCCCGCGGAGACGACGCCCUGGGCCCGCGCCGCCCCGCAGUUCCACGGCCUCACAGUGCCCGGGCCUCGCCACAUGGCGCUGUCGCGCACGCCCACCCCCAGUGACACGUACUGUGCGGACCCCCGGGCGCUGUACUGUGACGGUCCGCUGCCUGGGCCCCGGGACUAUACCGAGCGCCGAAAUCUGCCCUUCACCUCGCCGCCAGGCCCCACCCAAUUCUUCUACACAGAGGAAGCCGAGGGCCACCCUGGCGGCUUUCCGGCCAGCCCUGGGCCGCCCUUCGACAGCUACUACGCCAGGCCCUUCCCGCCCGAGGAGCCCGCCGUGCCCAGCCCAAGGCGCAGUAGCGGCUACUACGCGGGGGAAGUGCGCACCUUCCCAGUCCAGGAACCGCCCUCCCGCUCCUACUAUGUGGAGGCCGCUCGAGCCUACGGACCGCCCUGCGGCCCGCGCUAUGCUCCCGACGAACUGCGGGCUCAUCCCCCCCUCCGCCCCUUUUACACAGAGGACUUCGGGCGGUACCGCGAUCGCGAUGCCCUGGCUCGGACUUACCCACACCCCCGCGGCAGCCCCGCCUGGGGUGACUGGGGCCUGCGGCCUUACCGCACCCUGCAGGUGGUGCCUCCUCCGGACCCUGGCCCAUUGCUCGCCUCUUGGCACGGGGUCACCGGCACCAGCCCGCCCCGGCUGGCCACUGACAGCCGCCACUACUCUCGCUCCUGGGACAACAUCCUGGCGCCCGGGCCGCGCCGGGAGGACCCCCUGGGCCGCGGCCGCAGCUACGAGAACCUGCUGGGGCGCGAGGCCCGGGAGCCGCGGGGCGCAUCCCCCGAAGGCCGGCGUCCACCCGUCGUGGUGAACCUGUCCACCUCUCCUAGACGCUAUGCGGCGCUGUCACUGUCAGAGACGUCACUGUCAGAGAAGGGCCGCGGGGGCGAGGGCCUGGGCCGCAACUGGUAUGUCACACCUGAGAUCACCAUCACCGACAACGACCUGCGCGCCGCAGAGCGUCCGGCUGCCAGGGGCUGGGAGCUGCCCGGGGGGCGGCCCCGGCGGUCUCCGCCCGCCGCCCCCGAAGGCCCCACUGGUGGCCGCCAGCGCAGCCUCGAGCAACUGGACGAACUCAUCACCGACCUGGUCAUCGACUCUCGGCCCCCGGCCGGCCAAGCCCCGGAGCCCGCGGCCAAUGGCCUGGGCCGCCAGCCGCGCCGCCUGCUGGACUCUCGGCCCGCGGGCCCCGGGGCACCCGCGCUGGCGCCGCGCUCGCCACCCGCGUCGGCCGGCAGCACCGAGGAGCCCGCGGGCCCGGGGCAGGCGGCCGACGGGUCCCCGGAGCCCAGCGCCGACGAGGACGACCUGAUGACAUGCUCCAACGCGCGCUGCCGGCGCACCGAGACCAUGUUCAACGCCUGCCUCUACUUCAAGUCCUGCCACAGCUGCUACACCUACUACUGCUCGCGCCUGUGCCGCCGCGAAGACUGGGACGCGCACAAGGCGCGCUGCGUGUACGGCCGCGUGGGCAGCGUGUGCCGCCACGUGCUGCAGUUCUGCCGGGACAGCGGCCCGGUGCACCGCGCCUUCUCGCGCAUCGCGCGUGUCGGCUUCUUGUCGCGCGGUCGCGGCGUGCUCUUCCUGGGCUUCCCGAGUCCGGGCUCUGCAGACAACUUCCUGCGCUUCGGCCUCGAGGGCCUGCUGCUGUCGCCCACCUACCUGUCUCUGCGCGAGCUGGCCACGCACGCGGCGCCCCUGGGCAGCUAUGCGCGCGAGCUGGCGGCCGCCGGGCGCCUCUACGAGCCGGCCGAGUGCUUCUUGCUCAGUGUGUCGGUGGCCGUGGGCCCCGGCGCCGCGCCCCCCGGCGCCUCCGCCCGGCCUGCGCCCGCGCCGCGCAGUGCCGGGCCCACGGUACGCAAGUUCGCCAAGGUGGCGCUGGCGGCCGGCAGCCCGGCGCGUCCGCCCCCGGCUCGGGGUCGCGAGCCCGACAUGGAGACGCUGAUCCUGACUCCGCCGCCCGGCACGGCGGGCCUGGACCAAGAGGGCGAAGCAGGCCGGCGCGCGCGCGAGGUGGCCUUCAUCCACAUCCAGCGGGAGCUGCGGCUGCGCGGCGUCUUCCUGCGCCACGAGUACCCGCGCGUCUACGAACAGCUCUGCGAGUUCGUCGAGGCCAACCGGCGUUUCACGCCCACCACCAUCUACCCCACGGACCGGCGCACCGGCCGCCCUUUCAUGUGCAUGAUCAUGGCUGCCUCCGAGCCACGCGCGCUGGACUGGGUGGCCAGCGCCAACCUGCUGGACGACAUCAUGUGAGCCGCGGGGUCGCGCCGGGCUCCGCCCAGCCCGCUCAGGGCCCGCCCACUCCGGCCCCGCCCAGUCCACGUAGGGCCCACCCCCGAGCUGCGCCCCGUCUACUCAGACACCGACCGCCCAGUCCGUCCAACGCCCACUACGAGCCCGCACAGCCCUCUCAGGGCCCGCGCAGUCCACCUGGGGCCUGCCCCCGAGCUCUGCCUGCCUACUCAGACCCCGCCCAGCCCACCGGGAGCCCCGCCCAGCCCCUCAGGCCCGGCCGUGCUCCCCCGAGUCUUCCACCUGUUCGCCACAAGCUCCGCCCAGACCCCGCCCUCUGGAGUGAGCAGGCCCCGCCUUUCCCUCCCCCUCCCCCAGCUAGCCCUGGGGCGUCCGCGGAGGCCGGUCCUCGGGCCCCUUGGUGCUCCCCGCUGGGAGGCGGGGUGGGCCUGAGGACCGCCCGGCCCUGCCUUCAAGAGGACGGGUCACUACUGCAGACCCCACCGCAAAGAUCCGGUUAGCCCACUUCCUGACGUCCACAAGGCCUCCCUGGAACCUCCCCAACCCUGAUUUGCCCUGAUCCAGGAGCCCGGGUUGACCAAAGCCUAGUCCCGUCCCUUUAACAUGCCCCCACCCCUUUCCUGUGGCUUGGGGUGCGUCCUGCUCCGAGGCCGUUCCUCUCUGGAGGACACCCUGACUAGUCCCGGUGUGUUCGUGUCCCGAGCAGACAAGGCUGGUGGGAGCCCUGCACGGCCCGUUCCCGCUGGCUCAAGCCCCGGCUAGAGAGAGCACAGCUGGACCCCGAGCCCGCACAUUGGCGGCGCUCCCCGUCCUCCGGCCGCCCUGACACGGGCCCUGCAGGAGGGUUUGGGGGAAGCAGCAACGGAGGGGGUACCUGGGAGGGGAAAAGAGGACGUGGGUGUGGACGCUGGCAGGAUCCAUCCCAGAGCUGAGUCCCGGCAGGGCGUGAGUCAGACUGUCUGCCCAACACCGACAGGAGGCCCCUAGGUGGGUGCCAGGAUAGAGUGGGAGGAGGGAAGCAGAUGCAUGGGGUGGAUGAGGGGAAGGAAACGUAGAGGCGGUCCAGAAGGGGCUCCUACCCGCUAACGUAGGGGGGGACAAAAAAGAUUGGACGUUCCCAGUUGGGAGCGGGUGCCGGAGCGAGCUAGUUGACCAGGGCGGGGUCCACUGGAGGGGUGGGGGUAUGACUACACGAACGGCCUCGCGUGCUUGCUCUGGCCUUGCCCUAUGCUGUGGGCUGGAGACACGAGGCUGGCGGCCAGGCUCCGGUCCCGGGAGCGCACAUUCAUUGGUCCACGGCCCUCGCUCAGUAAGUGCGAGUGACCCUGAGAGGGAACUAGGCCGGGCCUCGCAAGAGCCCUCCUGGAGCUCCCGGCACUCCCCAUCGCGGCCAGGAGAGGACAUCAAUUGAAUGGUGAACGUCCCCCACACCUCUAUUCCCGGCUCUCGCCCCCGCCCCGUGCACUCCCGCCCAUCCCCCCAACGCCUGCGCGCCCGCCUUGGCCUAGCGCGUUUGCACCCGCCACGCGCCCCGCUCACCCCACCCGCCUUCGCGGCCUCCCAAGUCCGGCCGCCCCGCCCCCUCCCCCCCGGGACCUCAGCUUUCCGCCCAACGCCUGAGGGCUGGCUGGCCAGGAAUGACCCUGGGCCGGGAUUAUUUCCAGGGGGCGAACGCUUUCCAACCAAGUAAAACAGAACUCAAAUUAGACAUUGCUUCCUCUUUGGGGGUGGGGAGUUGUGGGUGGGACUUGGACGGAGGAC